CCGUUGACAACGUGACGUCCCACAGGCUGGAAACGCGUCUACUGAAGGGAAUGUGACACUUUGGCACAGGGCUGAGCUCAGAGUGUCCCCGCGCGUCACCGGAGACACUCGGACACGGCCCGGGGGCCCGAUGGGAGCCGCACCUCACCUGGCGCGUUCGGGAGUCGGCCGGGAGCCGCGCGCUCGCUCCGCCUCGCGCCCAUGAACUUUGGGGUCGUGCGCGCGCCUCCGCCGCCGCCGACGCGCCCCCGCCGCCGCGGACCAUGAGGACGAGCCGCAGGUGCAGGACCCUCCUGUCGGUGAGCCUGAACUUCUUCGCCCUGCUCUUCUCCAUCACCGCGUUCAUCACGACCUACUGGUGCGUGGGGACCCAGCGGGUGCCCAAGCCCAAGUGCAGCAAGCUGCGCACGCACCAGUGCAUCGACUACGGCGUGAACGAGACAGACCCCAACAAGGUGGUGUACAGCUGGGAGACCGGGGACGACCGCUUCCUGUUCCGACAGUUCCACACCGGCAUCUGGUUCUCCUGCGAGGAGAACAUCCACGACGAAAGUGAGAGAUGCCGAAGUUUCAUCGAUUUGGCACCUGCGUCGGAAAAAGGGAUGCUGUGGCUGUCACUGGUGUCUGAGAUGCUGUACAUCGUUCUGCUGGUGGUCGGCUUCAGCCUCAUGUGUUUAGAGCUGGUCCACUCCAGCAACGUCAUCGACGGACUCAAGCUCAAUGCCUUCGCCGCCGUCUUCACCGUGCUCUCAGGUCUUCUCGGUAUGGUGGCCCAUGUGAUGUACACUCAGGUUUUCCAGGUCACCGUCAGCCUCGGCCCACCGGACUGGAGGCCCUACAACUGGGACUACGGCUGGUCCUUCUGCAUGGCCUGGGCGUCCUUCACCUGCUGUAUGGGCGCGUCGGUCACCACGCUCAACUCGUACACCAAGACCGUCAUCGAGUUCCGGCACAAACGCAAGACCUUCGAGCAGAGCAUCCGGGAGGAGCACGCCAGGGAGGCUUUCGGGUAUUUCCGAGAGCGCUCCGUGCACUCCAUCUCCAAAUCCGUGGAGGUGUAUUCGAGCCAGUCGCUGAAAAGCGGCAGGAGAACUCCCAUACCUGCGGACUCGCUGGACCUGAGUGACAUCGCAGCGUCUUUAGGGGAGGAACAGUGCUGAGUGGGACGGCACGAGAGAUGGUGGCAUUUUCUCUGGGUGUGGCGGCCCGACGGAUGGAGGCGUCCUCGUCUCUCUCUCCGCUCUGUGUUCACCACGGGAUGAAGGCCUCACUGGAUCACCAGCUCCAUCUGAUUCAUUUCUGUACUGCCUUAUGAACCAGAUCAUCAACGUCGGUCAAAUCCAGCUGAGAGCCGGAGGUGCGGACAUGGUCUGAUCUCAAGGACAAAGGUUUUGUCUCCGUUUGUGUAACUUACCACAAUGUAAAUGUAACAGUAUACCGUAAUCAUUAUCGUGAGGGUCUCUCGUAUGCUAAUAGCCUUAUCAAACAUGGUUCAGUCGAUCAAUAAAGCAAUGCAAUUGAUUGUCUGACCACAAAGAUUAGAUGUGUUUAUUUAAUGUGGGGGUAAAAGUCACAGUAUUAUUACAGUAUUAACCACAAUUGACGUGCCUAGACACAGUAUAUUCAGACAAGGCCAGAAGCAUUAAGACGAUUAUACCUUGUGUUCUUCAGGCUCUGUGCUUCAGCACAUCCAAUUUAAAAAUCAAAUGGGGAACAGUAGUGCCAAGUCUCAGCUUAAAUUAGCGAGUAAAUUUGCAUCCAUACAGAAAGAACUGUGAGAGAGAUAGAGCCCUAUAAGCACAUGGUGCCCAAAUUUUAAAGGUUCAAAAGAAAUUAGACGCUUGCCCCCCCCCCCCAUGUUUCCUGGGCAGCUUUGGCAUGAUGUGCGUUCAUGCACAAAAAGAGCUCAGCGUGUGACAUUAAUAUUGAAGUGAAGUGAAGUAAAGAUUGAUUAUAAAGCAAAGAUUUUUAGUUUGUCAAAAUCCACAGUUGUGUUCGAAAAGAAAAAGCAGGUGUGUGCAGGACUAGGAAAUCGCAAAACGACAAUGGUAUAGAACAACGAGCACAAGUGUUGUGAAUGAGCAGAAAAUCCUUUGCAUGGUGAAGAAAAACCUCUUUCUGGCUGCACAGCUCAUGAAGAGUGCUCUCCAGGACCAGGGUGUAGGUGCAGGUGUUCCCUGGUGAACGAUCAAGACGAGACCCCUGGUGAUCCUCAAAAAUAAGAAUAGGUCAUGCUGCAGUUCACAAACAUAUGUGGAAGUUCUGUUGACUGAUGGAACAAUAAUCAAACUAUCAAAAUCGUGGAAAGGACUCACAGCCACCACCUCGUAAGUCGAACAUGGCUGUGGAUCUGUUAUGACUUGUAGGUAUACGGCUGCCUAUGGAAGUGGCACCAUACAGAAGCAGCAGGAUGAAUAAAUAAGUAUAAAGAAGCAUUGUGUGUGUGCUAAGAUUAUAUCUCCUGCACAGUUCUUUCUAUAUUGAAGUAAAUCUACUUAAAUUUAAGCUGAAAUAUAGUAUCCAUUUUUAUUAUUUCAGAUUUAAUGUCCUGAAGCACGGAGCUAAAGGACAGGUGUCAUUGUCCAAAUACGUCUGGCCUCAGCUGUAAAUUGUAAAUAGGUUGUGGGGUAUAUAAGCGUUCAGUUUUAGGUUUGUACACAAAAAAAGUUGUGAAAAAUUGCAUAUCAUUUUACUCUUGGAUGUUCAUAUCACUUGAUUUUAUUGUGUAACAAAGUCCAAAUGAGCAUUUGUAAAAACACCUACAUUAUCUACAUAUCAACAAAAAAAACAGACCUGUAGCACGAAGGUUCACAUGAUCACUUUGUAAUGACGUGAUUAGAACAGAACAGUUUACUGUCACCCAUUUCCAAGUUCGGGAUGAAAUUGUAAUUUGAUGUAUCUGCUUUGAUUGGAGGAAAAUAAGUAUUUUCAUGUGUAAAACAUAUAAACAGUAAAACGUG